GCUGCGUCGUAAGGCGGAGAUGGCAGAGACCUUGGCUGUGGUCAGAGGCCUGGGUGAGCGCGUGGGCUCCGAAGGAAAAGCCGGCGUCCAUCUUCGAACUCACGAUGACCUACGGAGCAUUUUACCUGGCGAAGUACAAAACCGUGAUUGGCACCCAGAAUGUCCAGACGUAUCGGUACGAGGGCAGCGGAAAACAAGAAACCAUAACGGAUUUUGCUCAUACAAUCAGUGGAGAGAGAUGGGUGGAUUUCAUGUACACAGUCGACGCCGUCAAUACUCUUAGUUACGUCUCGGGGAACGUCGGUCGGACGCUGGUGAACUUCACGACGCCCGACAAGAGGUUUCCUGCUUUUUUGGAAGUGGUCGGCAAUAAUCUGACACUGAACUGUUACUCAGGAGUUCGAGUGUGGAACGUGACGAGAGAGGCGGAGGUAAUUCCUUUGGAUGGAUCUGAGAAAUAUCUUUUCAGUGUCUUCUCUAAUCACGAAGUCUUGCCUUCCUUUACGCUGGGAAAACACACAUUCGAUUUAACACGAAACGAGACAGGAAUUACAACGAAAAAAGACGCUGACAAGACUCUUCCCGCCUUCGUGGAGCAUAAUUUCACCAUUGCCUUCGCGGAAGGGGCUCGCAACAUGGUUUCCUGCGAUAUAAGGCUGGGGGAAAAUCAAACAACUGAUCAUGUUCUGUACAUGAACGAGUUACCGACACACCUAUCGGUUAAGGGACGAACGGGAGAUCAGUUCUACGUAGUUCUUCGCCCAACGAAAUCCGAAGAACACACGUCUCCCGGGCCUUCGUCAGGCAAUACCGCUGCCACAGUCCUCGGCGUAGUGUUGGUGAUUGUAGUAAUUUCAGGUUUAUUUUUUGUUCUCUAUAAGAAAUGGAGGCCCGCGAGGAAGGCCAACACACAGGAGAAGAGGCAGCCCGAGGAGCUGGAGGCGCUCAUGCCCCAUGAGGAAAAAGAUCUCGCCGCGCCGCUUCCUUCCAUCCAUGGCGAGUACUUAAUAUAUACACAUAUGCAGGGGACCGACUUAAGACAAGCAGUGAUAGAAGGUGAUCUCAAGAAGGUAAAGCAGGCGGUUGCAGAUGUAGAGCCCGAGGCCUCUCUCUAUGCGGAAGCUCACCUUCAGGCAAGCAUGGAAAUCGCGGAGUUCUUAGAGUCUCGGAAGGAAACUCUGCGUUCACUCGACGUCGUCCCACUUGUCCUACAGGAGAUGGACGGACGGUUGGAGGAGAUUUUCUCGGCAGCAAAAGAAGGCCUCUAUAAAUCUAGGGUGGAUGUUUUCCUUCGCCUUUACGGCCUGCCUGGGUCAGUGACGGACACGGAGGGCCGCUCCCUCCUGCACUAUGUUACUUCUUUCAAGGGCCCAGACGAUGCUCCUGUUUGGAGUGCGAAAAACGUUCUCAAGUUGAUAGAAGACCAUAAUUGCCUACCUAAUGCCGUCGACUAUCAAGGCAGAACAUGCCUGCACUUGCUUGCCCACUCUGCCAGCAUCGCCCGCUCGAAGGUUCAGUGGUGUGGGCGGGAGCAGACCGUCGAGAUGGCGUGGCUCAGUCUGGCGCAGAUCCUCGUUCAAGCGGGAGGUGACCCCUCGCUGAAGGAUCUCGCCGGGGAGCUCCCGCAUGUGGUGGCCAAGGAGAAGGCAAAGCUCGAGCUCCACGACUUCUUUUCGAAAGAGUGCCAGCGCAAGGCUCAGCAGGUGAGGGAUCCCAAGGCGUUCAAGACGGUCCUGGACGCCAUCAAGACAAAAGAGACAGCAAGCGUCAAGGCCCUUUUGCUGUCUGGGCUGCCCUCUGCACCCCUUGACACCACCGAUGACCUAUUGACGAAGGCUGUGAAGCAAGGUCUUCUGGAGGUCACGGCGAUGCUGCUGAGCUUGGGAGUGCCGCUGUGCAGCCACUCCCUGGUGUCCAUCACGCCGCUGGAAAUUGCUCACAGCAUCUCGGGGAUUCCGGCAAUUCUUCCGGCGCUGCUCAGACGAGAAUAUGCAAACAAACUUCGCUUUGAAACCACCAAGAUUUUGGGAUAUGAUCAAGAAUCGACUCUUCUUCAAAGCCGCAUAAAGGAAUUUGCAAGUGAAAUCGAGUCCAAAGGGAAAGACGCUUCUUGGCACUUCACGGAAGAAGAAAAUAUAAGAAAGUAUUUGUGCAUCGCGGCCGGCCUCGGGCUGUCUCUUACAUGCCAAGUGUUAGGCCUAGAUGACGUGUUCCUACAGCCUCUCCUCGAUGAAGACAAACCGGUCAAAAAGGCUAUGGAGAAUAAACACCCGCAUAUGCUGUCUGUGCUCUACCGUGACUUGAAUAUGUCUCUCUUUUCAACCACUGAUGAGACAACACUGCCGAAGGAAGUCAUAGACAAUGUAAUUCAGUGUGAAUUAAAAAAGCUGAACAGGUUUCUAGAAAAAGCAGGUGUUGAUGGGCGUAUGGACACGCAUUUCCGAAUGAUAAAGGAGGAGAAUGGUCAUGGCGAAAGUACAUGGCUGCAAGGCAUUGCAAAACUAGGACUUGUUUCAAUUUACCACAAAGUAGUCAAGGAAGGAAGAGCCCCUGAUAUAUUGAAGCAUAUUAAAAAACUCAUCAGAACAAUUAUGCAACAGGGCAGGCUGGAUGCCUUAUCUCUAUUAAACAUAGAGGCAGGACUCUAA